CCCGGCUCUCUUUCCUGGCCGCUCCCGUUCUCUCUGCUCUCUUCCCUCCACGGGCUCUUCCCGCCGCUUCAACCUGCCCACUCGCCUUUCCAAUCGGUCUGGGCCGGGACUACACGCUGGGCGCCGGGGCCGUGGGACCGAAAUUCUUGGUGGUAAACUCGAGAGGAGGGAGCAGGAGAACUGGAGAAAACUGCUCUGAUUCGAUUUGACUUCAACCAGGAGUUGACGCUGCAAAGUAAUAACCAGCAUUUACUCAGCUCUCUCGCAGGUUUCGAGAUGACUUGUGGGCGAUUCCCACACACCUGAGUCUUCUGCUGGAGUGAUGGCCUCAUGACCAGGUUGACAGACAGUACUGCCAGUGUCUGUGACACAGAACUCUGGCUGACCACACUGAAGCACGAUGCACCAGCAGGUGAAUGGCCACAGUUUAGGCUCUGAUACCCAAGGCAGGACAUCCCUCAAGGGCGACCUAAGGGAGUUCCUGGGUGGGGAGGUCCCACUGCACCAGCUGGAUGACCUCACCAAGGUGAAUCCCGUGACACUGGAAACAGUCCUGAGGUGCCUGCAGGCCCGGUACACAGAAGACAUAUUCUAUACCAAUGCUGGCUGUACCUUGGUAGCUCUGAACCCCUUUAAGCACAUCCCUCAACUCUAUGCACCAGAACUGAUGCAAGAGUACCAUGCUGCACCUCAGCCUCAGAAAUUAAAACCCCACAUCUUCACAGUGGGUGAGCAGACCUACAGGAAUGUCAAGAGCUUGAUUGAGCCGAUCAACCAAUCCAUUGUGGUCAGUGGAGAGAGCGGAGCAGGAAAGACAUGGACAUCCCGAUGCCUGAUGAAGUUCUAUGCUGUGGUGGCUGCCUCACCUACUUCCUGUGAGAACCACAAGAUGGCAGAGCGGAUUGAAGAGCGGAUCCUGAACUCCAACCCUGUCAUGGAAGCUUUUGGGAACGCAUGCACACUGAGGAAUAACAACAGCAGUCGCUUUGGGAAGUUCAUCCAGCUCCAGCUGAACAGAGCCCAACAGAUGACAGGAGCUGCAGUCCAGACCUACCUCCUAGAGAAAACCCGUGUGGCCUGUCAGGCCGCCAGUGAGAGGAACUUCCACAUCUUCUACCAGAUUUGCAAAGGAGCCACCAAGGAAGAAAGGCUCCAGUGGUGCCUCCCUGAGGGAACUGCCUUCUCCUGGCUACCCAAUCCAGAAAGCAGUCUGGAAGAGGAUUGUUUCGAGGUGACCAGAGAGGCCAUGCUCCAUCUGGGCAUCGACACCCCCACCCAGAACAACAUCUUUAAGGUCCUAGCUGGACUACUGCACCUUGGCAAUGUCCACUUCGUUGACUCAGAGGAUGAAGCCCAGCCCUGCCAACUGAUGGAUGGUACCAAGGGCUCUGUCAGGACCUCAGCCUUGCUGCUGCAGCUCCCAGACAACAUGCUGCUGGAGAGCAUGCAGAUUCGAACCAUCAAGGCAGGCAAGCAGCAGCAGGUGUUCCAGAAGCCCUGCUCCAGAGCUGAGUGUGACACACGCAGAGACUGUCUGGCCAAACUGAUCUAUGCACGGCUAUUCGACUGGCUGGUAUCUGUGAUCAACAGCAGCAUCUGUGCAGACUUCAGCUCAUGGACUGCCUUCAUAGGUCUGCUAGAUGUGUACGGGUUUGAGUCAUUUCCUGACAACAGUCUGGAACAGUUGUGCAUCAAUUAUGCCAAUGAGAAGCUACAGCAGCACUUCGUGGCUCACUACCUCAGGGCCCAGCAGGAGGAAUAUGAAGUUGAGGGCCUGGAGUGGUCAUUUGUCAACUACCAGGACAACCAGACCUGUUUAGAUCUCCUCGAAGGGAGCCCCAUCAGCAUCUGUUCCCUCAUAAAUGAGGAAUGCCGCCUUAACCGUCCGAGCAGUGCAGCACAACUACAGACACGCAUUGAGAGCACGCUGGCAGGCAGGCCCUGCCUGGGCCAUAACAAGCUCAGCCGGGAGCCCAGCUUUGUGGUGAUGCAUUUCGCAGGACCUGUACGGUACUGCACAGCGGGCCUAGUGGAAAAGAACAAGGACCCUGUUCCCCCUGAGCUGACUGGGCUCCUGCAGCAAUCCCAAGACCCCCUGCUCAUGAUGCUGUUUCCUGCUAACCCUGAAGAGAAGACCCAGGAGGAGCUGUCUGGCCAGAGCAGGGCUCCUGCAUUGACUGUGGUGUCCAAGUUCAAGGCCUCACUGGAACAGCUCCUGCAGGUCCUGCAUAAAACAACCCCCCACUACAUUCGCUGCAUCAAGCCCAACAGCCAGAGUCAGCCGCAGACUUUCCUCCAGGAAGAGGUCCUGAACCAGUUAGAGGCCUGUGGUCUUGUGGAGACCAUCCACAUCAGUGCUGCUGGCUUUCCCAUCCGGACUACACUCCCAUGGAAACAAGAACAUUAAGUAUGAGCCAGACACGGUAGUGCACACCUAUGAUCUCAGCACUCCAAACGAGACAGGAAGAUCAACAUUAAGGCAAGCCUGGGCUAUAUAGCGAGUUUGAGGCCAGACUGAGAUAGAGUGGGAGACCCUAGUGAAUCACGUAAGAAUGAUUCAAAAAUCAACAAAAGGGCUGGGUGGGUGCUAGAGAGAUCGAUGACUCUGAGGUUCAGAGUACAAACUACUCUUACAGAGGACCCAAGUUUGGUUCCCAGCAUCCACACAGGGCAGAUCACACUGCCUGAGAGUCCAGCUCCAACGACCCCUCGGGCUUCAUGGGUGUCAGCACUUACAGGUACAGACCCACACCCACCCACCCACUCCACACAGAUGUAAUUAAGUAGAAUAUAAAUACAUCUUUUUUAAGGGUCUAGGGUUUGGCGCACUGGCUACUCUCCAGAAAGACUGGAGUUCAAUUCCCAGCAUGCACAUAGCAGCUAACAGUCAUCUAUUAAUUCCAGUUCCAGGGCAUCGGAAUCCUUCCUCUGGCCUCCACAGUCACCAGGCAUGCACAUGUUACACAGACAUAUACGCCGGCAAAACUCUCAUAUAUAUAAUGUUUUUAAUUUACAAAGCCAAUUUUUUAAAGAAUCAGUAAACAAAUUUUAAAAGGGUCUGGGGAAAUGGCUCAUGGGUAAAGAGCUUGCUGGGACCGAAGUCUGGGUCUCCACGGUCCAUGUUAUUUAAGCUAGGUAUGGCAAUAAGCAUUGUAGUCCCAGUUCUGGGAGAUGGACACAGAAUUUCAUGGGUCUACUGGCCAGCCAGUGUAACCAACCAGUCAGUGAGCUGCAGGCUCAAUAAGAAACUCUCUCUCAAAAAAAUUGAGAGCUAGAGAGAAAGGCUUCCAUUGUCAAAUUAAAGCCUUCACCUGUGCAGGCAUGCACACACUUAACGCAGAUAACACACCUACACACAAGUGUAAGUACAACUAGUGCUGAGAAACAGAAUUUGUUGCUGGCAUGCAGGGAGAAUCCACGGGCUGGUUAUCCGUGUAGGCCCAGAGAAAAGGAAAGGGCCCGCCAGGGAGACUUAGAACAGAGAAAAGCCAUAGUGAGGUACCAGGGGACUGGGCCACCGAGAAGGAGCAGGAUGUAAGCGAACAGGGGCCAGAUGGAGCAGGCUCGAGACCCGUCACAGUUGCUCUGAGUGCACUGGAAGCUGCUGGUGUGAGAAGGGAGUGGCAGUAUCUUGUAUUCUCAGAGAAUCCUUGUCUGCUCACUGGAGGGCGGGUGCAGGGUUAGGAUAGACGGAAGUUGAGUGAGGAGGCUGUUGCUGAUAUCAUGGAGCAGGAUUAGCUGUGAAAACUGGGAGCAAUGGGGCAAACUGAGAUAUAGUUGACAGUAAAGAGAACUGGACAGUUCUUCAGACUCGUGUGAGGCCUCAGCUUCCAGGCUGUAGAGAGAACUUGCUGUUUUCUGGGGCAGAUGG